UGAAUACUUUGCUCCACUCAGUAUAAAUUAAUGGAAGCACACACAGAGAGAGGGCAGGAUGGAAGAGAGGAAGGGGAGAGUGUGUGUGACGGGUGGAAGCGGCUAUGUGGCGUCGUGGCUUAUAAAGAGGCUUCUUCAACAUGGCUAUUCCGUCAACGCUACUGUCAGGCCCCAACCUUCUGGCUUGAAGAAAGAGCUUAGCUUCCUAGAAAACCUAGAUGGUGCACGCGACAGACUCCACAUCUUCAACGCGGAUUUUGAAAAUCCAGAUAGUUUUGGAGCUGCAAUUGAAGGAUGCGUAGGAGUUUUCCAUGUUGCUCACCCCAUAGACUUCCAUAGUAGUGAAACCGUAGAAUCGAUCAGCCAAAAAUGCGUAGAGGCGACUUUAGGAAUUCUGAGAGCUUGCGUGAAGUCGAAGACGGUGAAACGAGUGGUGUACACAUCCAGCCUGUCGACAGUAGCGGUGAAGGAGAAGCUCCCAGAUGUGUUGGACGAGGAUGAGUGGAGCGAUAUCGAUUUCGCCAGAAAUUUGAACACCACUGGAGCUUCUUACUUUGUUUCAAAGACAGCCACUGAGAGGGCUGCUCUUGAAUUCGGCGGUGUAGAGGUAGUGAGUGUGAUCCCGAGUUGGAUCCAUGGGCCCUUCGUGUGCCCCAACUUGCCCGGAUCAGUUUGGUCUUCUCUGGCUCUGUUCCUUGGUAACGAGAAGCAGAUCAAAUAUGGCAGGAUCACUCCCAUGGUGCACACAGACGACGUAGCCAUGGCGCAUAUACACCUCUUUGAGCAUCCUCAAGCUCAGGGAAGGUACCUUUGCUCCGCUGUUGAAGUUAAAUAUGAGUAUUUGUGCGAGUUUCUUCGCACCAGGUAUCCCCACUUUCAAAUGCUCAGCCCGGAAGGUUUAUGUGAUCCUGCAAUUCCAUUCACCAGCAUUUCAUCCAAGAAAUUGUUGGAAACUGGCUUCACCUAUAAAUACGGCCUCGAGGAAAUGUUCGAUGACGCCAUUGAAUGUUGCAAGCGAAAGGGCUUUCUGUGAUUCAGCAUCCUGUGCUAGUUUGAUUAAUGGACUACUCAUUUUCCGAUAUUAUCAAUAAAUGGCAGGUUUUUGGAUCGCAUAACUUAAAUUCCUAGCUUUGUGAAAUGGUUGGUGUAUGAGAAUAAAGAAAUCUCUUGUUUGAAAA